AACCUAAUUACGAGGAAUAAUUUACGAACAUUUUUAUGUGCGUCCUUUGAAUUAGAUCGAAGAAUGUCCUUGUCUUACACUAGCGUACGAGACGGACAGAGAUAUCUAUGCGGCAGACAAGGAGGGCGAUAGCUUGGGACAAGGACAGACAUAUACGGGCGCUAUACAUGGAGAGCAACAGCGUGCGAUAAGGACAACAAUAUAAAUUAGUUCCGACACCUAUCUUAGGGGUGAUCCACACGGUGCAUGCCUAAGUGUAUAUGGAUGCUGUCCUUACUAACUUCACUUCGUGAAAGUAGCGCGAGUUCAUUGUAUGAUUCGAAAACAUUGGUAGAGAGUACUGCAGUGUAUGAAGCAGAAGGAGAAUUUAAUGCUGAAGCUCGUGAAUUGCCUUGAAUUUAUAAUGAGUCAGUUUAUCUCGUUGCAAGUUGGACAAUGCGGAAACCAAAUUGGUUCGGCGUUUUGGCCCUUGGCGUUACACGAGUACGGCGUGCAAACAACAAACACUGGAAUGAAUUUGCUUAAAACGCAACGAGAUCAUGUUAAAAACAUCGGCGAUUUGUCUGAUGCGUUCGACAGCUUCUUUGUUGUACCUGAUAAUUCACAUGAUUUGUGCUUCAAAAGUAUAACCGACUUGAAACGAGCCAAGGUCAAAGCUAGGGCAAUAUUGAUAGAUAUGGAAGAUAGUGUUGUAGGAGGGUUGAGGAAAGGACCUGUGCGUGACUUGUUUGAUCAGGCUUGUGUUGUUACAAAUUAUCCAGGGUCUGCCAAUAAUUGGGCUGUAGGUUAUCAUACUUAUGGUACAGAAUAUCAGGAGAAAUUGGAAGAUACUAUCAGACAUAUGGUAGAAAAGUGUUCUAGGUUACAUGGUUUUCUAUUAAUGCAUUCUGUUGGAGGUGGUACUGGUUCUGGAUUAGGAACAGCUGUUUUAAAGUUAUUGGCUGAUAAUUAUCCUACUAUAGAUAGACUAGUAUCUUGCAUAUAUCCAAUUGUUAUGCAAGAUGUUGUCACAGCUCCAUACAAUGUAUUGCUGUCGACUCGAGAGCUUAUAGAUUACGCAACUUGUGUAUUUCCUAUUGAAAAUGAAUCCCUUUUGGAUAUAUGCAAUGCACAAUUGAAAGUAAAAGGCAACACAGAACAAAUAAAUUACAAUGUCUCGUGUAAGCCAUUUCAAGAUAUGAACAGUAUUGUUGCAAAUAUGCUUCUUCAUUUAACCAGUGGAUCUAGGUUUCCUGGUAAUUUAAAUAUGGAUAUGAAUGAAAUAGCAACGAAUCUCGUACCAUACCCGAAAUUACAUUAUAUAUUCAGUAGUGUCAGUCCAUUAACGUUAUCUGCGCCAACGAUGUACAGUGUAUCAGGAACAAAGCUAAUAGAUGAAAUAUUUAUCAAUGCAUGGUCACGAAAUAAUCAGUUAAUUAAAGUAGAUCCGCUACAAUCAGGUUCUAUGAUUUUGAGCGCUGCGCAUGUUGCUAGAGGAAACUGUUCUGUGAACGAUUUAAAACGAAACAUUGAGAGAUUUCGGAAAAAAGUUACGUUCACAGAUUGGAGCAAUGAAGCUAUGAAAGUAGGUUUGUGUUCUGUACCUCCAGCUGGACACUCAACCUCUUUGUUAUGUCUUUUAAACUCUUCCUCGAUGAUCUCGUUAUUUAAAAAUGUAGUAGAACAGUUUACCAGAUUGUACAGAAAGAAGGCACAUGUGUAUCACUACACCCAAGUACGCGGUUUCGAAGAAACACAUUUCAUUGAUUGCAAAGAAACAAUUUCAAAUUUGAUUAUGCAGUACACAGAGCUGCAAAGUGAAAGUCAAAAGAAUAUUUCUCGGUUACAGGUACUUUAAAUUCUUAAAUUAGAUUGUUUUAUUUAAUUUGAUCUGUACAUUAACAUAAACAUAAAGCAAUAAAAAUAGAAUAGUACAACUUA